AUGUCGGACCCAGCGUCACCGUCGCGGCGCGGCAUCGACCUGCAUGACCCGCACCCCGCACUGCAGCACAUCGACCCCUCUACCGCCUUUUUGUAUGCCCCGCACACCGUCUCGAUGCUUCUGGCAGGACUCGUGCUGCUCGCCCACUUUGGGCGCGUCCUCGACCCCCCGCCGCCGCUGGGCGCCGCGACGGCGGCCGCCGGCGGGUGGUCUCGGUCGGACGCCGCAAACGGCGUGUGGGCGGCGGUCCUCGUCUUCCUAGGCUACUCGGUCGUCCAGGGCCCGCGCACCUCAAUGGUGCGGCCCCACCCCGCCGUGUGGCGCCUUGUGCACGGCCUGCUGGUGGUUUACGUCCUGCUGCUGGUGUUCCUGCUGUUUCAAAACGUCGACGAGGCCCGGCAGUUCCUGAGGCACCUGUCGCCGUCCCUGGGGGAGGAGGUGUCGUACCGCACCUAUGCGGCCGACUGCCGGCUGUACAUCCCCGGGGCCGGCGUCAAUUGGCAGGCGCUGAGGGGCACGGUGUGGGACGAGUUUGUGAUUGCCCACACCCUGGGCUGGUGGGCCAAGGCGCUGGUGCUGCGCAACCGGCUGCUGCUGUGGACAGCCUCCAUUGGGUUUGAGCUAUUGGAGCUCACCUUCAGUCACUACCUCCCAAACUUCAAUGAGUGCUGGUGGGACAGCUUCAUUCUUGACAUCGCGAUCUGCAACUUCAUAGGCAUCACGGCGGGCAUGGCCACUGUGGACUGGAUGGACUCAAAGUACAAGCGGUACAACUGGCAGGGGCUCAGCGAGCUCGACACCCUCACCGCAAAGGCGAGACGGUCCGUGGCGCAGCUGCUGCCCUACUCCUGGACGCGGCUUGAGUGGAUGGUCUUCAAGAGCCCGCGGCGCUUCCUGCAGGCGAUGCUGCCCGUAUUAGUCAUGCUUACUUUCGAGCUCAACGUCUUCUUUCUGAAGUACGCGCUGUGGGUGCCGCCCACCAACCCCCUCAACACGUACCGCCUCCUGCUCUGGUGCGCAUCCGCGCGCUUGUCGGGCGGGCAACGGCGGGAGGCGGUGGGACGCGGCGCGGCGGGGCGUGGCGGGUUUCUCUGCGCCCUGCCUGGCGCGCGCGAGUAUUGGGAGUUCAUUGAGGGCCGCAGCGGCGACGCCCCCGCCUACGGCGCCUGGCGGUUCAGCAAGCUCGGGACCUUCGCGUGGCUCGCCAUCGCGAUGACGGCGCUGGAGACGAUGCUGUCCGUGAAGUUUGGGGCGGGGCUGUACACGCAGCCCUGGCCCAGGGCGGUCAAGGUGGCCUGGUGCGCCGCGGCGGCGGUGCUGGUCGGGGCGCUCUCCGGGUGGCAAUUCAGCCAGUGGCGGCAGCGGCGGCGGCCAGGGGGCGAUGAAGCCACGGAGCGGCGGCAGCAGCAGCAGCAGCAGCAGCAGCAGCAGCAGCAGCAGCAGCAGGGCCCUGAGCGGCAGCAACAGCGGGCGCCCACGCCAGGGCGGACGCGCCGGCAGGAGCAGGUGGGCAGGGCCGAGGCGCCUGCCAGCUCUGGUGUGCCUGGGACAGAAAGUGAUUAUGGGACACCCUCCACGCCUCUACAUCUGCGGAGGCCGCGGCCGGGCGCCUAG